AUGUUGAACAAAAGAAAACACAAGAAGCUGACCGCUCCUGCAGCCAUCAGCGACGACGAACAGUCGGACGUGAGCGGCGAGUUCGCGAUCCCCAUCAAAGAGAAGCGCGCAAAAUCCCGUUCGGCCGAAUAUCGAGAUGACAUCCUCGAGACUAAGAGCGAGGAGGAGGAAAUCUCUGGUAUUAAGGGCGACUUGAACGGUGGGCGCGCCAAAUCCGUCACCAAGGCCGGGGACGAGAAGGAGGACGACAGUGGCGAGGAAGAUGAGGAUGAGGACGGGGACGACCUGGAACCUGACGAAUACGUCGUGGAGAAGAUUCUUGACCACCAGGUCGCCGAAGAUGGCACCGUCAACUUCCGCGUCAAGUGGGAGGGCUAUGAGAAGAAGUCCGACCAAACAUGGGAGCCCGAGGACAGCCUGAAGGAGGGCGCAUCCGAGAUCCUGGAGGAAUACCUGAGGAAACUAGGUGGCCGCGAAGCGCUGUUCGAGGAGAAGUCCAAGGCCAAGUCAACCAAGAAGCGUGGCCGUCCUUCAGGGGCUUCAUCUACGCCGUCAGCGACCGGCAAGAGAUCUAGGCAUAACGGCCACCCCAGCGAAUCUACGCCUCCUGCGUCAGCAAGGGAGGCCAAGAGCAAGGCCUGGACUCUGCCUAGCGGCAGCUGGGAGGAAGAGGUCGAGAGCAUCGACGCCUGCGAGGACGAGGAAUCAGGAUCUUUGAUAAUAUACCUCAACUGGCGCAAUGGCCAGAAGACCAAGCACUCCAAGGAGGUGGUGUAUAAGCGAUGCCCCCAGAAGAUGUUACAAUUUUACGAAAGGCACAUUCGCAUCAUCAAGGCCGGUCCUGACGCCGAGAUGGAGGCCGAGUCGUAG